UCAAAUCAAAAUAAGUAGAACAGUCUAAACACCGAGCGGGCAGAACUAGAACACAAACCAACGACCGUCACUGGUAAAUUCAAGAACCAAAUUGACAGAGAGCAGCAAUGGACGUGAUAAAAACACAGCAAAUUCAAUCGAAGCCAAUAGAGAAGGUGAUAGUUCACCCACUGGUUCUAUUAAGCGUCGUUGACAACUAUACCCGAGUCGCCAAGGACACUCGCAAACGAGUUAUUGGGGUUCUACUCGGUAGCUCAUUCAAGGGCACCGUCGAUGUCACCAACAGCUACGCAGUGCCGUUUGAAGAAGAUGACAAGGACCCUAGUAUUUGGUUUCUUGAUCAUAACUAUCAUGAAUCUAUGUUCUCUAUGUUCAAACGGAUUAAUGCUAAGGAGCAUGUUGUAGGUUGGUAUAGCACGGGCCCGAAGUUGCGGGAGAAUGAUUUGGAGAUUCACCAAUUAUUCCAUAACUAUGUUCAAAAUCCUGUCUUGGUCAUUAUUGAUGUUCAGCCCAAGGAGUUGGGUAUUCCCACCAAAGCCUACUAUGAUGUUGAAGAGGUUAAAGAGAAUGCCACUCAGAAGAGUCAGAAGGUUUUUGUUCAUGCACCUUCAGAAAUUUCUGCACAUGAGGUUGAGGAAAUAGGAGUUGAACAUUUAUUACGGGACGUAAAAGACACAACCAUCAGCACUCUUGCAACUGAGGUUACUGGAAAACUUACAGCGUUGAAAGGUUUGGAUGCACGACUAAGAGAGAUACGAGGUUACCUUGAUCUUGUCAUUGAUGAAAAGCUCCCACUAAACCAUGAGAUACUUUAUCAUUUACAGGAUGUGUUCAAUCUAUUGCCAAAUCUUAAUGUGAACGAGUUGAUUAAGGCGUUCUCUGUAAAAACCAAUGAUAUGAUGUUGGUUGUAUAUCUUUCUUCUCUUAUCCGAAGUGUCAUUGCACUCCACAACCUGAUUAAUAAUAAGAUGCUCAACAAAGAACACGAGAAAGCUGAGGAUGCAAAACCAGCACCAGCUCCAGUUUUCACCGGAAUCUGAAAUCUAUUCUUCAGGCUUUUCGAUAGUAGUCAUGAUAAAGCGCGAGAAUCUAUGGUAGCAUGCUAUAGGGAGUUAUUUAUUUUUGCGGGAUUUGAAACUUGUAGGAAUUUUCUUUUAUUAUUUUUAGAUUUUCGCCUUUUGUUUUCAAUGCUACUGAUCAAAGACCAUAUGCCCCUGGGAUCUUGAUUUGCUUUGUGGAAGUAGUGAUCUUGACUUGCUAUAUGCUUCAGUCAAAAUAUAUGUAUAAGGAAAGUUCUAUGAUUAUUUUCUUGAAGUGAUUAAUAUUCCUCUAA